ACACUUUCUUUCUCACACACGCACGCAGACACAUUCUCCCUCUCUGCGCUCCGCGCCUCGGUCUCCCUCUCUCCCUCUUUCUCUUUCACUUUUGCAUGCCCUGCAACCUUUUAAAAUGUUGCCCCUUCCCUGUGAUUCGCCAGACGCCGCGCCGCGGCCCCCCGCGCGCUCGCCCGCUCCCUCUCUCGCCCGCUUUUUGUCUCUCGCGCUCUCUCUCCCCACCUCCGAUUUGCUACACUGAGGCUCCCGUCAAUGGACUGCAUUGAGAGCCGGCUCCGGCGCGAGUGGCCUCCCCGCUUCACGCUCGAUUUCCAGGCAUUCUUCCCUUAUUAAGUAUUCGUGUAAUAUUAAUAGUCAUGAAUCUCUGCUAUUAGGAGGCUCCAGGAACGCUGCCCAGCGCGGUUAUUAGAAGCUCAAGUGAAGCCGCCGCUAAGAAAAGAGGGGAGACACGGAUUAAGGGACACACACACACACACAUACACUCAUACACACUUUUUCCUUUUUGGGGGUUCUUCAUUUUUUUUUUUAAAGAACUUUGUAUCGUAACUGAUCACGGCAGGAUAGAGACCGUGGGUUCGACCAGCUGAAGGAGCCGCGCGAAUCGGUGGUUCAAGUUCUCAUGGAUCCGAGCGGGGCUCCGGCGCUCGGGGGAGCGUCCGCGCCGUGACUGGAGUCUUUGGGUGGCGCGGGGCUCUCGGCGCCUUUUGUGUGGGGCGCGCUCGGGCGGCUGGGCAGCCGGGUGCUCCGGGCUUGCUUUUUUUUUUUUUCUUUUCUUUUUUUCCACCCUGACUCGUUACCCCAGACUCUUCGCAGAUGUUAGUUCACAGUUUUUCAGCUAUGGACCGUCACGACGGCACCAGCAACGGGACGGCGCGGUUGCCCCAGCUGGGCACUGUAGGUCAAUCUCCCUACACGAGCGCCCCGCCGCUGUCCCACACCCCCAAUGCCGACUUCCAGCCCCCUCCCUUCCCCCCGCCCUACCAGCCUAUCUACCCCCAGUCGCAAGAUCCUUACUCCCACGUCAACGACCCCUACAGCCUGAACCCCCUGCACGCCCAGCCGCAGCCGCAGCACCCGGGCUGGCCCGGCCAGAGGCAGAGCCAGGAGUCUGGGCUCCUGCACACGCACCGGGGGCUGCCCCACCAGCUGUCGGGCCUGGAUCCUCGCAGGGACUACCGGCGGCACGAGGACCUCCUGCACGGCCCGCACGGGCUUGGCUCGGGACUCGGAGACCUCCCGAUCCACUCCUUACCUCACGCCAUCGAGGACGUCCCGCAUGUAGAAGACCCGGGUAUUAACAUCCCAGAUCAAACUGUAAUUAAGAAAGGCCCCGUGUCCCUGUCCAAGUCCAACAGCAACGCCGUCUCCGCCAUCCCUAUUAACAAGGACAACCUCUUCGGUGGCGUGGUGAACCCCAACGAAGUUUUCUGUUCAGUUCCGGGUCGACUCUCACUCCUCAGCUCCACCUCGAAGUACAAGGUCACAGUGGCGGAAGUGCAGCGGCGCCUCUCACCGCCCGAAUGUCUAAAUGCGUCGCUGCUGGGCGGAGUGCUCCGGAGGGCGAAGUCUAAAAAUGGAGGAAGAUCUUUAAGAGAAAAACUGGACAAAAUAGGAUUAAAUCUGCCAGCAGGGAGACGUAAAGCUGCCAACGUUACCCUGCUCACAUCACUAGUGGAGGGAGAAGCGGUCCACCUAGCCAGGGACUUUGGGUACGUGUGCGAAACCGAAUUUCCUGCCAAAGCAGUAGCUGAAUUUCUCAACCGACAACAUUCCGAUCCCAAUGAGCAAGUGACAAGAAAAAACAUGCUCCUGGCUACAAAACAGAUAUGCAAAGAGUUCACCGACCUGCUGGCUCAGGACCGAUCUCCCCUGGGGAACUCGCGGCCCAACCCCAUCCUGGAGCCCGGCAUCCAGAGCUGCUUGACUCACUUCAACCUCAUCUCCCAUGGCUUCGGCAGCCCGGCGGUGUGCGCCGCGGUCACCGCGCUGCAGAACUAUCUCACCGAGGCCCUCAAGGCCAUGGACAAAAUGUACCUCAGCAACAACCCCAACAGCCACACGGACAACAGCGCCAAAAGCAGUGACAAAGAGGAGAAGCACAGAAAGUGAGGCUCUCCUCCCGCCCCGGCCCCGCCCGCCCGCCCGCCGCCUGCCGCACCAGCCCGCGCGCCCACUCGGCCCCUCCCCCACCGGCAGGUGACAGCUCCGGACCGGCGACCCUCACUGCUGCUGCUACUGCUGCUGCCGCUGCCGCCGCCCUCCGGUGCCCCGGGUCCCUGGGUCCUCCGGACGGCUCGCUCGACUGCCAGUGGGCAGCCGCUGUCGACUGGGCCCGGUGCCUCGACUUCCCCGUUGGACCACGCCCCCGCCCUCAAGUGGAGCCUAAGAGAACAGAACGGGCCGUGGAGCCAGCCAAGAAAAGUUCUGUCGAGUUGUGAACUUUUUUUUUUAAACAACAACAGUAAAACCACAAAAACUUUAAAAAAAAAAAACAUUUAAAAAAACUUUUUUUUUUCUAAAAAAAAGAACAUAAAAAAAGUUUAAAAAAAUUAUAUUGAGCUUCAUGGGACUGAAUCACCACCUUCCCUUACACUCUUCAGUUCAGAUUGUAGCCAUACUUAAAAAAAAAAAAAGGCAAAGAGGAUAAUGACAUUUUUAUCAGUAUUGUGAAUAAACUUGAACACAAAUACACGAAGUUCCAUGUCAUGUCUUCAGUUGUAGAAGUUUUUCCUCUUCAAGGUAAAGCGACCAACUUGAACUUUCUCCAGCAACACGAUUCACAGUUAUAUAAGGGAAUCAGUGUUCAUGUCUGUAUAUAUUUAUUUAUGUGUAAUUUAAUGGGAUUUGUAAAUAUGGUGAGUCUGUUUUUUCGCCCUUUUUUUUUUUUAAUUUAUCUGGUGAUCUCGUUUACCUCUUGUUUAGUGGAUUUUGAAUCUUCCCUAUUAGUUCCUCAUGUGGUUCAUGGUACUUAUUUAGAAAUUCAAGGUUUGGGGGAUUCCCACCCCCCCUCCCGGGAUUCAUGAGUUUAGCCCUGUUGUAGCAUGUUAAAGAUGACAAUGAAACAGCUGAACAAAUAAAAAAAAGUAAAAUAAAAUUUUAUACAUAAUUAGUAUUACAUUUAGCUUUUCAUUGAACUGAAAGAAAAAAAAGUGAUAUUGGACCCUGGAAACAAAAAUUUUAAACUUGAGUGGUUUGAUAACCCUUCUAUGUCUUGUGGGGAGGAGAAAAAAAAUUAUUUUGUUCCACUGUCCUCCCUUAAAAGCAUCAUUUGAGCAAUAAAUGAGUAUUGUCUUUACACCAAGGGUUAGGGAUUUUUCCUCUUUCUCUCACUCUUUUUGUUCAGAGAACUCCAAACAUUUGGGACCACCUGGUAUUCUGUAUUUUCACUGGCCAUAUUGGAAGCAGUUCUAGUUGUAUUGUAUUGAGUUGUGCUGGCAGUACUUUCCAUGCCUGUCAAUGUAUCAUAGUCCUUUGUUGCCCAGAUAAAUAAAUAUUUGAUACGCUUUAUGUCGAUUUUUUUUUAUUCAGUGGCUGUCUUUACCCAGGCGUAUUUUUGUUCUUGGCAGUAUUUUUUAUUCAGUAUGGUUACAGUAAUUGAGUUUAACUCUCCCUUGGCAAUUGCUCCUUGCAAUAAGCAGCUGAACCCAUUGUUUCCCUCAAGUAUAAUAAAAACUUACUUUCAACUUGGAGUUCAGAGCAGGGUAUCAUUUAGAUAUUCCACUGAGUCUGUAUUCAGACAAAUGAUACAAUAAAACCCAAUGUAUUCUUUUGGAUAAAAGAUUGUUUGUACCGCUAAAGGAAUGACAUACUAUCUUUUCCUUACCAGAAACAUUAAUUUUAUUAUUAAAAAUAAAGUUUUAUUUAUUUAUGUUGA